AUGGCUGGGAAGAGCCCCAAGAAGACGGGAGCCGUUGCAGGCAAACAGCCGUCAAAUUUGAAGCAUAUCAAAAAUCGUAAUGCGAGUGGGAAGUCGAUACCAGUGCUGUCAGGUGCACAUUUGCAUGCGAGGCCGCGGAGGUUCAGUUUGAUCUACUCGUCAGACUCUUCGUUGAGUGCGUUGUCGGAUUUGGAGAGUGGCCGCAAGGCCAGUUUCAAAAACCCUAAAAUGAGUAAGAAAUCCAAGCGCGGUGUGAGUAAUGAGAAGGGCAAGACCGGAAAACUGAUACCGGAAAACGCUAUUGACUCAGACAGUGCGCUAUCUUCAGCCUCCACAUCUUCCUCUGCAAAUGCAGGUGCCAUGGAAAACAGCAGUGACGGAGGCAGCAGUGGCGAUGACGAUGAUAACGACAACGAGGAUGAGGACGAAAUAGAUGAUGACGAUGGUCCGAAUGGAGGUGGAAAUAGUGGUUCCAGCUCGGCGUCCAGUUCAGAUGACGACGAUGUAGAUUUUGUCAAGCUGAGCUUGGAGAGAAAGAAAAGGGCCAUGCAGGCCAUGGGCGCUUUAAAACGAGGAGGAGGCAAGUCGCCUAAGAAAAGUGACGUUGGACUCAGAGACCCCAAGAAAAUUGGCAAAAGUGUUCAGAGAAGUCAAGAAGAGCCAAAGGAGGAAAGCCCCGACGAAGAUGCCAUGGCUUUUACUUUCAAAAACGACGAUGGAAUACGGUUUGGGGAAGCCCCACGAGAUCCCGGCAGUGACGAAGAUCUGGGUGAGGAGGUGAAUGAUGCACGAAGCUCAGCUAACAAGAGUCCAGCUGUAAAGACAGUGGCAGUAGACAGAUUGAACGUCCCACAAAUAUCUGAAAGCGAGGAGUCUGAAUAUGAAAUAGAUCAAGAUGCAUAUCUGAAAACUAUCCAACAUGACGAUGAAGAUAUCAUCGGUCUUGAUAAUGGCCUAGACACUGGUGAUGACGAUGUUCCCAUGCUAGAUGAGGAAGAGAAUCAUAUUGUCAUGGAACUGGAGAAGGACGACGAGCUAUCAUUUGAUGGAAGUAUACACGAAGAAGGACAAGACCCGGUUGAGGUCGAAGCGGCACAGGAUGGAAAGGCCACCAAGUUCAGUAUUCACGCAUAUGACGGGUACAAUGAGGAUGAUGAAGAGGAAAUCAUGAGUGACUUCGAUGAGCCUUUCUACGAAGAUCCCAAGUUUGCAAACCUAUAUUAUUGCGCCGGUAGUGAUCAACCUCUUUCGCUGAGUACUUCGUUGCCUCUCAUCCUGGAUGAUGAGAAGAGAAAGAAUCAGGACAAGAAGCAGACGAAAAGAUUGGAACGGGAAGAGCUUUUGCGCCGUCGUAAGCUCGCAAAGAAGCUGGUCAGAGCGCGUAAACAAAAUUCAGCCGCUACAGACUUGGACAAUGACGAGUAUCUCUUCGGCGUCUACUUUCGAAGUGACGAAGAACCAGAUAAGGUCAACGGUUUGGACUCUUCUCUACGCCUGUUGGGUUCAGCUGCUGCUUCCGAUACCGAUUAUUCGUCUGACGAAGAGUACGAGAAUAUAUUACUCGAUAUCGCACACAUGCCCACAGACGAAGAAAGCUUGGGUGCAUCCACCAACGGUGCGAAGGAUGAUGAUGACGAUGAUGAUGACGACGACGACGAUGAUGAUGUUAGUUUGUCGAAUGUAUUCAUUGAUAUCGAUGACCUCGACCCAGACUCCUUUUAUUUUCAAUACGAAAGUUCUGAGGGUGAAGAGCCCAAGGAUGGUAGCAAGGAGCUUAACAAACAGGAGGCGAGUAUGGCAGCGGGUCCUGGAGACAAAGAUUAUGUCGAAACCGUGAUUUACAUUGAUGGUGAGUCCACCGACGAAGAUGAAACGCUGCCACCGCCAAAUACACGAAACAGAAAUAUUGGCUCGAAGGCCAAGGAAGUGGUCAGCGCUAAUGUUGUUGGACUUAAACCUCCCAAACUUGGAACUUGGGAAACGGAUAAUAAACCUUUUAGCAUUAUCGAUGGGCUAUCUACGAAGUCGUUGUACCCCUCCUUGCAAGAACAGCAAUUGUUGGAAGAACAAGCUCAAGCUCACGUUCUGCAGCAGCAGCUAUCACCUAGCGACUUGAGUGGCUUAGGCGAGAAGGAAGAGUUGACUCUCAACGAGCUUUUGAAUAUGAGCGAAUUGGACGAUGAGGAUGGAACACCGAAUACUGCCAACGAGAAUGGUGCUGCAAGCGAAUGGUAUGACAAACCUAAGGUACCUCUUUCUGCGUUCAGAAAUAAAGGUGUUGAUAUUAGCCAUGAGGAAGACUACAUGCUUCCAGUAAUUUCGGCUAGAAAGUUUCCUAUUGGUUACGUUGGGAGCGAACGGACUAGACGUAAGAUCGAUAGAAUGAAAGAACUACAAAAGAAGAAGAACGAAGAACGGCGGAAGCUCAAGAAGAAAAAGAAGCUUCUCAAAUUGAGGAGAGAGCGGGACCGCCUGGAGAAGGAAAGAAUCGCUGACGUUACGGCUCCUGAAGUGGAGAAAGAAACUGAGUCCACAAGCAUGGCUAAAUCCGAACGCCCUGUGAAAGGUUUGGAGAAAUUAUCAAAGACCGACGCUGCGAAUGAUGCCGAAAUUUCUAAAAACUCCUUUGAGAGUAUGGAUUUAGACGAUAUCAACAAUCUCUUGAGUCACGCUGACAGUGACCUAAUUGCCCAUGACGGAGAUGGCAUGGACAUCAUGGACACAGAGGAUGCUGGUAUUUUGGCUUCUUUAACUGCGCCUGUUAAUGUAGACAUGAUGGAUGAGAAACACAUGACUACCGGUGCUGCUUGGAGGAGACGUCAAAGCGUGGUGGAAGCAGCGGCCGAAAACUUGCGUUUCACUAAAAGUGGCUUGUUCAGCGAGAGCGCAUUGGCUGAUUUGGAGCAAAUAAUUGGCGGAUCUGCCGGUUCAGUCAUCGACUUUAGCGACGUUCUGCAAUAG